AUGCCAUACUUAGAAACUUGGAUCCACAUCAAUGUGGAUGGUGGCGUACCUGUGCUGUUUAUAAGUAUUUGGUCGGAGACAAUGAAUCUUCCCGGUCACUUCCACUUAGGCCACCACUCAUCGUUUCAGAUCGGCGAUUCUCUCCUCUUGAAGUAUAAUCGAGGAUCGGAAUCAAUGCUAGAAGUGAAAGAAGAUGAUAAUCACAACAGCAACAAGUCUAACCGUAUUCAAGGUUACCACAAUGGAGAGGCCAAGGUUGGGUUAAACAAGUCAGAAUCAUACUCUUUCAUAAGUGAACGAGAAUGCUUCGAUGCUAAUUUGCCGACUUUCUCACGCUGUUCACAUUUUUUUAAUAAAUCUAAUCACCAAUUGAAAAAUCCUGGAAAAAGAACUGAGCUGGAACAUGCCUUGCAAUUGGCGACAUCCCGAUACACAAAUUGCUCAUCUCAGUUUGCUUCACUCUCGCUCCUGUCGCCAACCUAUCGUUCCGGUCGCCGGGAAGUGAGAUACUUGCCGAAGUUUUCUACUACUCUGUUUUGCACUCAUAAAGGUUUACUCAUCAGACAUGAAAGUUUGACGAGUGCACUUAAUUCUGCUCAAAGUGGUGUACCAGGCAUUCCAAGGAAGUAUGGCAGUGUGUCAUGGCAAUGUUAUGAUCCAAAGGUAGAGGUUUGUGGACUUCAUCACAGAUGCAAAUUCCAUAGUCAGAAUAAAUUUGCUAGAGAUGUAGUUGUAAGGUCUGAACUUACCGCAGUGGGGUCUUCAGAAGAUGACUAUUCACUAUCCAAAUUAAAAGUGCAAUCAAAGAUCAGGGGAGCAUGUUUUUAUGCUGUUACUGCUUUCAGUGCCAUAUUUCUUUUUGUACUGAUGCUUGUUGGGCAUCCAUUUGUUAUCCUAUUUGAUCGUCAUCGAAGAAAAUACCAUCAUUUUAUUGCCAAAAUAUGGUCUACACUUACCGUGACCCCAUUUUAUAAAGUCAAUUUUGAGGGAUUGCAGAAUCUACCAUCUCAAGAUGCUCCUGCUGUGUAUGUGUCCAAUCACCAGAGCUUCUUAGACAUAUAUACCCUUCUUACUCUAGGGAGAAGCUUCAAAUUCAUCAGCAAGACUAGUAUAUUUCUCUAUCCCAUUAUUGGGUGGGCAAUGUUUCUUUUGGGAAUGAUUCCUUUAAAACGCAUGGACAGGCAAAGCCAACUGGACUGUCUUAAACGAUGCAUGGAUCUUAUCAAGAAAGGGGCCUCUGUUUUUUUCUUUCCUGAAGGAACACGCAGCAAAGAUGGAAAACUUGGCCCCUUCAAGAAGGGUGCCUUCAGUGUUGCUGCAAAAACCAAUGUGCCAGUUGUACCAAUUACCGUUAUUGGAACUGGCCAGAUCAUGCCUGCAGGAAGCGAAGAUAUAGUCAACUCAGGUUCUGUGAAAGUUGUCGUACACAGACCUAUUCAUGGAAGCGAUCCUAUGAUGCUAUGUGAAGAAGCUAGGAACACUAUCGCAAGUGCCCUCGAUUUUCACGACUGAGAAAUACAUGUAUGGAGAUUUUCGGCUCUUUUAUUUUUAUUUUGAGAGAAGCAACCGUAAGAUGAAGACAAUGUCUUAUGAAAUAUCAAUUUUUUGUUUAAAAAAAAUAAUUAGUUGUUAUAAUAAAAGAGAUGAGAUAAAAUAAUAAAAUAAAAUCUAAAUCGUUCGUAUCAAAUCAGAACGACUUAUCUCUACUCUAAGGUUGUUGUGCUGUUUUCCUGGAGCAUGCUGCCACUGUCAGUCGGAUUUGUUGAACGUGAGCCUUAUACGUUGAAGUUAUGAGGAAGGUCAUUGCUUACUAAGAUGCCCCAGUUUGAGUUAUGCAGUACCAGAGGGUGUCUAUCUGAGCUUGCACCUGUUCUAGCACUCAGGUCAUUUGAGAUAUUUCAGAUUAAUUCUUCCUUGUUAGAUUAUAAUCAAUGUUUUUUUUUUUUUAUUUAAUGCAGAGGCUGAAACAAACUGGUUUCAGUAGAACACUAGAGCUAUUGUACAAAUCUUUUUGUUCUAACACUUAACCCUUCCAUGCAUCUCCUGUGUAAAUCAUUCAUUAUCCUCA